CACCCACGCAGCCACCCCCGUCUCCUCCCCCCCCCCCGCCCCCCACCCCACCCCUCUCCCCUCCGGCACCCUCCCCGAUCUCCCCCCACCCCAAUCCAGGACCGCCGGAGAGGCAGGCGGAGCGCGGAGAUGGCGCUGCGACGGGCGCUUCUCAGAUCGGCCGAGAUCUCCCCUGAUCGCAAGGCUGUGUUUGAGCACCUCCAUUCUCUAUCGAGAGCACAACCUACUCGUUCUCUAACAGGUGCUGGCCUUUGCCCUGCUGGCAAAUCAUUCAGUACUCAGGCUGCUACUACAUCAAGCACACCACAGCCUCCACCACCACCUCCACCUCCAGAGAAGACUCAUUUUGGUGGCCUCAAAGAUGAGGACCGCAUUUUUACCAAUCUCUAUGGUCUGCAUGACCCUUUCCUGAAAGGUGCGAUGAAGAGGGGUGACUGGCAUAGAACCAAGGAUUUGGUGCUUAAAGGGGCAGACUGGAUAGUGAAUGAAAUGAAAAAAUCAGGACUUCGAGGACGUGGAGGUGCAGGUUUCCCUUCUGGGCUUAAAUGGUCCUUCAUGCCCAAGGUAUCUGAUGGACGCCCCUCUUAUCUUGUUGUUAAUGCUGAUGAGAGUGAACCAGGAACAUGCAAAGACAGAGAAAUCAUGCGUCAUGACCCCCACAAGCUUCUGGAAGGCUGUCUGAUUGCUGGAGUUGGGAUGAGGGCAUCAGCUGCUUACAUCUACAUUAGAGGUGAAUAUGUGAAUGAGCGUCUCAACCUUUUGAAAGCUCGGGAGGAAGCAUACGGAGCAGGCCUCCUUGGUAAGAAUGCUUGUGGAUCUGGUUAUGAUUUCGAUGUGCAUAUACAUUUUGGUGCUGGUGCCUACAUUUGUGGUGAAGAGACUGCGCUGCUGGAGAGCCUUGAAGGCAAGCAAGGUAAACCAAGGCUAAAGCCACCUUUCCCUGCCAAUGCUGGGCUAUAUGGUUGCCCCACAACUGUCACAAAUGUUGAAACAGUGGCUGUGUCUCCAACAAUUCUUAGGCGUGGUCCAGAAUGGUUUGCAAGCUUUGGACGCAAGAAUAACUCGGGGACUAAACUCUACUGCAUCUCAGGUCAUGUGAAUAAACCUUGCACUGUUGAGGAGGAAAUGAGCAUCCCUCUAAAGGAAUUGAUUGAGAAGCACUGUGGUGGUGUGAGAGGAGGAUGGGACAACCUGCUUGCAGUUAUUCCUGGUGGUUCAUCUGUUCCCUUGUUACCGAAGCAUAUAUGUGAUGAUGUGUUGAUGGACUAUGACGCGCUGAAGGCCGUGCAAUCUGGAUUGGGUACUGCAGCAGUUAUUGUGAUGGACAAGUCCACAGAUGUUGUUGAUGCGAUUGCUAGGCUAUCAUACUUCUACAAGCAUGAGAGUUGUGGGCAGUGCACGCCUUGCAGGGAGGGCACAGGGUGGCUGUGGAUGAUCAUGGAGAGGCUCAAGAUAGGUAAUGCCAAGCUAGAGGAGAUCGAUAUGCUUCAGGAGGUCACAAAGCAGAUUGAAGGGCAUACUAUAUGUGCCCUUGGGGAUGCUGCCGCAUGGCCUGUGCAGGGACUUAUCAGGCACUUCAGGCCAGAGCUGGAGAGGAGAAUCCGGGAGCGAGCCGAAAGGGAGCUACUGGCAGCUUCGGCUUAGGACACCGCAUCAAUGUCACACCUGCAUUAGUUUCCUGAUUUCUUUCACAGAAAUAAUGCAAACUGAUGGAGCUCAUCUCUGUAUACGAAAUGCAGCUCCCCUGAUUUGUUUAAACCUUCAUGUGGAUGUUUAUUUGGUGCACUCAGAAGCUGGUGAAUUUUGAUGGACUAAUGAAAACUUUUUAAGUAGAAACAAAAUGCAGUAUUGUACCAUGUAUGUUACAUGAGGCAGCAAAAUAUUAUGGUGGAUGUGUACUUUACGUGUA